AUGGAGGGUUGGAGAAAUGCAGCCGCUGUGGCUUCAAUGGCGGCAGGCGUUACAUUGUGGCAGGUGAGAUCGAAAGAGUGGUCAGAACGGCACACCUGGUUAACAGCGGUGCAGCAACACGUGCUUUUCACAUCGUUGAGAUGCCGUGGACUGCUCCAGCAGCAUCAGCUGCUCUCUGAUUCUGCGGACGGUGCGGCAGUCCAGACACGGUUGCUGCAGAAACUGCUGCUCAGGCAUCAGUCCACCGAGUACGGUCGGGCGGAAGGUUUGCAGAACGUCAGCUGCUGGGACUCCUUCCGCCGUCAGCAUCCUAUCACCAACUUCUCGUACUACGAGCCGUAUAUCUCGCGUAUUCAGGCCGGUGAAGCCAACGUCCUGGCCGCAGGCCGGCCACAUUUGCUGGCUAUGACUUCCGCAACGGCUGGUGCUCCAAAGCUUCUGCCGGACGUGCCAGAUAUUGGCCAGACUUUUGCCCGUCGCGGCGGCAGCGUGGCUCUGGCGGUCAUUUACAAAAGCUUCCCAGAGAUGUCUGCGAGCCUGCAGCGCAAUCUGAAGCUGGCAUUCAGAGCAAGCAUCCACCACUUGGAGUCUGGCUUGGCUGUCGGCUGCAAGCGUGCGCCCGACAGUAGAAACUUUGGCCGCUUGCUCUGCGCAUACUCGAGCCCUCGGGCGGCCUACGACAUCAUGAAUGAAGCUGAUGCCAUGUAUGCCCAUGCUCUGUUUGCACUGAAGGAUCGUAAUUUGGGCACGUUGGAAGCGAAUUUUGCAACGAACAUCUGUGAUCUGCUGGACUUCAUACAAGACCACGGCUGGAGCUUGACAUCUGACAUAGAGGCGGGAAGGAUUUGGAGCGGCCAGAGGCCGGAGGAUCCCAAGACGGAGACAGCCGAGGCUGCGCUGAACACAGCUUUGGGAGGUCCAGAUCCCGACAGAGCAAACGAAGUCCGCGAACUUCUUGGACACGCUUUCGCCGUUCCCCUGCUUUGGCCCCGGAUGAAGCUGGUGAUAACAGUCACCGGAGGCAACUUCGAAGCAGCUACGGUGAGGUUGAGACGACUGCUGGGCGGAGUUCCGAUUUACUCGCCGUUCUACGCCUCAACGGAAGGGCUGCUGGGAAUUAACAUUUGUCCUUCCCAAGACGGGGUGCCCGAAUACCUCCUGGAUGCAGGAAGCAUGGUAUUCGAGUUUCUGCAGCUGCGAGAUUCCGGAUCCCACAAUGCCCAUGAACACGCAACCCUGCGAGCAUGGGAGGUUGAGGUCGGGCAUGCUUACGAGAUUCUGGUAACAACCCGUGGCGGCCUCUGCCGCUACAGGAUGGGCGAUGUGGUGAGAGUGGUCGGCAAGCUGGGGCAGAUGCCUUUGGUAUCACUGGAGGGUCGUACUGGCAAGUACCUCCCCUUGCCAGAUGGGCAGCUUCCGGACUUCGUCUUCAUGCGCUCACUAGCAAAGACGGCUAUAGCAGAAAAGGUUCGUGCAGCCGUGCUCCUGCAGCUCCAGGAAAGUGCAUUCUCGCCGCCUUCGCUGCAGCUCUGCAUUGAAGAAGACUUGGGCCAAGAAGUCUCGCAAAGGGAUGUGCUCGAUUGGGAUGCAGCUCUACGAUCAGAAAGCGCAGGAUACAGGGCCCUUCGCGAGGCGGGUCGCCUGGAAGUGCCUGUCUUGCACCGCGCACCGCGAGGCGCAUUCCGGCUUGUCCGUCAGCGUUUCGCCAGCUCGAUGUCGACUGCACACAUGCCGCCCGUGAGCCUGAGUCAGGUGAAGAUGCCUCUAGUGUUGCAAGGAGUUUUGGCUCAUGAAUUAUCGGCAAUGUCUCACAAAGGGGCCGUUGAGACUGGACGGUGA